GGCAUCAUGUGACCGCUCGCCGGCGACUACUGAUGACGUCCGAGCCCGCGCUCGCCGUUUCAGCGACAGGGGAAGGGAGUGAAGGAAGGAGUUGGGGUCCGGGCGCGGGGAAUCCGGGCGCAGCCAGACAAGAGCUACAUCCGGCAGCCAGGUAAUAAUUUCAAGAUGCCGGGGCGUUCCACUUCAAGUUCAGGUUCAGGUUCAACUGGUUUUAUAUCCUUCAGUGGUGUAGAAUCUGCACUCUCCUCCUUGAAAAACUUCCAAUCCUGUAUCAGCUCCGGAAUGGACACAGCUUCUAGUGUGGCUUUGGAUCUCGUGGAAACUCAGACUGAAGUGAGUAGUGAAUACAGUAUGGAUAAGGCAAUGGUUGAAUUUGCAAUGAUGGAUCGGGAACUAAACCAUUAUUUAAAGGCUGUGCAAUCUACAAUAAACCAUGUAAAAGAAGAACAUUCAGAGAAAAUACCUGAUCUAAAAUUAUUAGUGGAGAAGAAGUUUUUGGCUUUACAGAAUAAGAAUUCCGAUGCAGACUUUCAAAAUAAUGAAAAAUUUGUCCAAUUUAAACAACAGCUGAAAGAACUAAAGAAGCAAUGUCAGUGUCGAGACAGAGAUUCACUGGACAGAACUGAAAAGACAACUAGACUGGUGAGACAGAAUUGCGCUGAAGUUGGGCAGCAUUACGGCAAGCUGAAGAUGCAGUUUUCCAAACUAUACAGAUAUCUUCAGACUUGGGACAUCCUUUGUAAAGCCCUAACCUUUCACAGGCUGGCUACAUAAGGAGCCUAUAUGAAAUGACAGAGUAGACCGAAUUUCCCUUUCAUUCUCUGUUCUGUCUUUCUAAAUUCUUUUUCUGGCAUCGUCUGGUUUUCUUCAGUCCUGCUACAGCCCUCUUAACUUUCUGAUUCUUGUCCCUUUCCAAUAAAAGAUUUACCAUAAGGCUUGAUAUAAUUCAGUCAGUCUCUGUGUAUGUAUAUUAGUGUGUCUGUGUGUUGUGUUUAUGUAUUUAUGUUUUGUUUUUGUCCAUUUGUAAUAUACUUUAGCAAGUUUCUGUCUAACCAAAUAAACUCCAACAGGGAUAUUUUUUUUUUUAAGUUUUUAGGAUUAUUGACUCUUCACACAGUCUGAAAACUACUCUCAAAAAAUGUUGGGUACAAUUUCAUGGUGUUUAUGGCCUCUUAGUAUUUAUUUAUGGAUCCCACUGGGUUCAGAGUACCUGUGAUGAAAUUCCAAAGUUACCUACUUCCGUGGUCACUAGUGAUAUUCAUUCACCAGACACUCAUCGAAUGCCGUCUCUGUUCCAGGCAGGGCAUUGAGAUUCAGUGAAAAGGACAUUAGCCCACCUAGCAAAAUAUAUAGUGUAGUUGAGGAGACAGACAAGUAAACACACAGUUGUAAUACAGUAUAUGUACAGAAGUAGGAAAAGAACAGGGUACUUCAGAGAGCACAAAAGAUGAGUGUUUAAUUCAGCUUUGGGCCAUCAAGAAAUUCUCUUUACAUUGAUACCUGAGUUGUUGUUCUAAGUAGAAGAAAUGCUAUGUACAAAGUCAAAAGAAUUAGAGACUUAUAUAUCUGUUGAGAAAUUUAGGUUUGAUUUUAAAGGACCUUAAGUUGAGGGAUGGUAAGAACUGAUUUAUAACUGAAAAAGAUAACUGACUCUAGCAUGAAGAAUGGGUUGGGAGAAGCAGGACUCGAGGCUGGGAGACUUCACUAGUAAUCAGUAGACAAUAAUCGUGACAUUAACUCAAAUUCUGACAGUGCGAAUGAAAAGAAGAGGAUGAGUCGAAAGGGUAUGAAUUGGAAACCACAGCAAUUAGUGAUUGAAUUCAUUCCUUCAGCAGAUAUUCAUUGUGCUGCUUUGAGUUAGAUGCUCUAUGAGAUGUGGUGGUGAACUGUACCAUAUGUAUCUUCAGGUCUAGUGGUCGUGACCCCCAGGCCCCUGGACUGGGCAGUGUCCUCCACAGAUGGAGCAAACAUGUGUCUCCAACUAAAAGUUCCCAGAAAGGUGCUUCUUGGAGCUAUAAAUGUACCUCCUGAGAUUUCAGAAUGUCCCUGCAGUUGUGAAUUGCUGUGUCUGAUGAGAGAUGCUACUGAUGGAAGAAUGCUCCUGCAGAAACAGUAUUUGGGAGGGGCUUGAGAACCACUGAUAGAGAUGACAGGGGGAGCCCCAAAGUGGAUGAGAUUACCCAGGAAGAGUGUAUAGAAUGAGAGGGGAAGGGUGAGGAUUGGACCUGGCAAAACAAUGGAGAAAGAAGAGGAACCUGGUGAGAAAGCCAGGAGUAUGUGAAGAAUGCGAAGUGUGUUCCAAGAUGGAGCCAGUGGAACCGAAGGGAGGAGGCGCAGUGUGGCAGCAACAGUCAGCUUCAGGGCCUAUCAGAUGGGCCUCUGAUAACCCGAGCUUACAUAUUAAAUGUCUCAGGUUCACCACCACUUUAGCUGAAGGGAACCAUGUAUCUUGACAUCAAUGGUGGCCAGCAAUAAAUAAUGAGGAAAUUCUAUGCUAUGUGAAUUAUAUCUCAAGAAAGCUGUUACUAAGAGAAUAAUAAUGAUGAAAGAAUUCACUCUUUAAAUGUAUUCUAACAAAAUUGUUGUAUUUUAAAAAUGAAUAAACUCUAAACAUCAUGUGGGGGUGGCAUAGAGUGGAGUGAGGGAGAAGUUAUCCAUAUGAAAGAAGGAGAAUACAUUUGUAUCCAGUUAAGUGGUAGCGCUAUAUGCUAAAAGCAACAGAGCAUCAUUUUAGAUAUCAACAGGAAGAGGUUGUUACUCAGAUUUUACAGCCAGCUGAGGCAUCUUGAAAGGGCACCACAGAGAUCAUCAUUGACAGUGAAUGACUUGCAAAAUAUCCCAGUCAUGUGCUUGCCCUGGAGGGGGGAAAUUAUGCAUAGACUUGCAAGAGCCAAAUAAGUAGUAAGAAUAAAGAACCUGAUAAGGGGAAGAAAUGAUAGUAGGGUGGUUUUGUUUGUUUGUUUGUUUUUAAGUGAUAUGCAAUUAAUUGUGAAUAAGAAUUGUUAAUAUAGUACUAAGUCAUAAGUCAUAGGACUUCCCUGGUGGCUCAGACAAUAAGGAGUCUGCCCGCAAUGCGGGAGACGUGGGUUCGAUCCCUGGGUGGGGAAGAUCCCCUGGGGAAGGAAAUGGCAAUCCACUCCAGUAUUCUUGCCUGGAAAAUUCCAUGGACGGAUGAGCCUGGCGGGCUACAGUACACGGGGUCGCAAAGAGUCGGACACGACUGAGCAACUUCACUCACUCACUCAUAAGACUAAUGAUAAAUGAGUUCUCAAAAAAGAAUAUUGAGACAGACUUACAGUAAUGGGGAUCUGUGAUUACAAAAUGUUUCAGUAGUUUGGCAUGCAGAGGGAAGAUGGAAGAGUGCAAGGAAAUUUUUAAAAAAUGUUAUUUUCUUAUUGACAUUAAUUAAGAAGUGACAGGAUCAAGAAAGUCAAGUCAAGCAAUGCUUGAGUAGAAAAUAGAAUGAAUAACUUCCUAAUCAGUUGGCUAAGAAUGAGGGGGAAAGCAGAGGUUUUGGAAGCAUAAAAAACAGGAUACAGAUUAAAAUUAAACCUGAACUUUUCACACAGUGACUACACUGUUCUGUUAAAAGGCAAGGAUUUGACUUUUUUUUUUUUAAUCUAACCAUAAUAUUAUCCUGAGGCACACCUUUAAAAGAAAAAAAAAAGAGAGAGAGGUUUGUAACCAUAGAUGCAAAGGGAAUUUUUUUUAAUGGAUUUGAAAAGAGUAAUAUGUUUAAGAUUACAACAAUGAAUUAAAUCUGCAAAAUGAAUGGCCAAAAGUAGAUUUAAAGCAAAAAUAACCAAAAUGGACUCAGAAUGGUCAAAACUGUGAAUGACACAAAAAUAAGAUUAAAAGAAAGGUCCUUUCCUUCCCAAACAUAAAAAUCCUAGACAUAAUUGUUAAAUUUUGUCUGAUCUUAAAGGAAUGGAUAUUUUCUGUGUUAGCUAAUCUGUUUUACACCUUGGGAAAAUUGGGACCAUUUCCUAGUUUAUUUUAAGAAAUUUGGGUGACUUAUGACCAAAUUCCAUGUUUUGUCUUUUCCUUAAAAGUUAAGAACACUUUCACAUAAAUCUACACUUAUGAAAUCUUAAGUCAAAUAUUAGCAAGUAAAAUCUUCCAGCAUAUUGAAAGAAUUGUACCUAUGAUAAAUUUGCGUUUGUUUCAAUAAUGUACCUUUUAUCAUUAGAAAAUCCAUUAAACCUGUUGAAGCUGGGAGAGGAAACCUCUUCCAGCCAUUUAUUUCUAUCACCAAGGCAUUACUCUGGUGAUUCAGUGACUAACCAAUGUAAUCAAGCCCCUUUUUCCACUGAGAAAACAAUAAGAAAUAGACAAAUACUGUAAUAAGCACAUGUGAAAUUUUUGUGUGUGAUAGAUUUUCAGAUCAUAGGGGAAAGUUGAUUUAUUCAAGGAAAAAAUAUUUGGAACCAUUGACUAAUGCUUUAAUGACACUACUUAAAUCUGAAUUUUCUCCAGGGGAUCUUCCUAACCCAGGGAUCAAAUCCAGGUCUCCCACAUUGCAGGCUGAUUCUUUAUCAUCUGAGCCACUAGGGAAGCCCUUAUAUUCCACAUUAAAAUACAUUCCAAAUGAAUUGAAGGUUUUAAUGUUAAAAAUUGAAAUCAAACUAUGAGAAGAAAUAAUCAGUGAAUAUUUAUAUUGCCUCAUAUUCUGUUUCCCUGGUGGCUGAGUGGUAAAGAGUCUGAUUGCCAAUGCAGGAGAUGCGGGUUUGAUCUCUGGGUUGGGAAGAUCCCUUGGAGAAGGAAAUGGCAACCCAGUCCCGUAUUCUUUCCUGGGAAAUCCCGUAGACAGAGGAGCCUGGCCGGGCUACAGUCCAAAGAGUUGGACACGUCUUAGCAACUAAACAACAACAACAUAUUCUGUUAGACCUUUUCAGUCGUGUCAAAAGGAAAAGUGCUUGGAAAGAUUUAUGAACUGAAGGAUAAUGUCACUCUGUUUCUGAGACAAUAAAGACAAAAGCAACUGCUUCAAACUUGCAAGCAUUCAGCAAAGCAUAACAUUUGGAAGAUGUUUUUCAAAGUUUUAUAUACCAAGAACUGAAACUUCAAGGGGUGAAACCCAACUUCAUUACAGUACUUCAUACAUUAAGUGUUUGCAGCCAAAAUUCAGCUGUACUAAUAAGGCUUACAAACAUUUUUCAAGUGCUUCUUGCAAGCACUUGAUGUUUUUCUGAUGCCUUACGUGUACUAUCUCCUAUACUGCUCAAAACAGUCAUCUGAAAUAGAUACAGAUAGUAUUUUACAUAUUUUACAGAUAUGGCUACCGAGGUACAGGAAGUCUUAGUAGCUUGCCCCAGGGCACCCAGCUAAUAAUUGGCAGAACCAGCUUUGCAACUCAGUCUAGUGCCAGAGUCCACUUUGCUAAGCAUUAAGUUGUACCAAGCCUCUUAAUUUUCUGACUUACUGAAUUUCUCAAAAAAAAAAAAAAGAAAAA